AUGCGCGUAAAGCGAGAAGUUCCUCAGGAGCAUGCCCACGAAAACAUCCUCAGGGCCGUCAACGUCCUUUUGCAGCUCGACAACCCGGACAACAUCCAGGAUGCCGUCUUCGGUCUUCUUGGUAACGCAGCUGCUGCCCAAGGCAUUGGCAACAUUGCCGAUCCUGACUGCCUUCAUCAAGCUACUGCAGACCAGGCCUUUACCAAUGCAAAGGCCGCAGGCGACGUCGACGGCAUGACCAAUGCCCUCAUCUUCCGCGCUCUUGAGCGCAACACUGGCUCGGUUGGCUUGAAGUCGGUUCUCUGCGAGUCUAUCAAGGCCGUCAACCCUGAGAUCGCCGCCCUCACCCAGCACCAGGAUCCAGCCUCUGACGGUGCGGCCGAGUUGAACAAGCAGAUCACUACUGAGCUCGCACGUCAGAUCGCUGCCAUCGGUGGAGAUCCUCUUCUCGCCAACGAGGCUAGCACCUUUGCCCCAGGCGAGAUUGGCGACCCCACUGGCGCUGGAAACACCUGUGACGACGCCGACGAUGCUGCAGGAUGCAUCAACUCCCUUGGUCUUCGUGUUGACGACCUCACCGAGGAUGAGAUCCUCGCAGCAGUCGCGGACGUCGCAGGAGCCGGAGCCGGAAACGCCACAGGCAACGCCAACGCCAACAACAACACUGGCAACGCAUGCAACGCUGGCAACGCUGGCAAUGCCAACAAGGGAAAAGGCAACGCAAACCUUGGAAACGCCAACGUCGGUAAAGGCAACGCAAACGUCGGCAACGCAAAUGUCGGCAAUGCCAACGCUGGUCUCCUCCAGAACUGCAACGCCGCCAUCAACUUCGGCGCUACCUCCGACGGCCGUAAGGAAGACGCAUUUGAGCCCGCUGACCUCUCCCUCUUCAACCACGGCUCCGCACAGAACAUCGGCAUCAUCUCCUCCUUCAUCUGCCAGCAGAUCUCUAACCGCUGCGAUGUCGGCGCUUCGAUCGCCACAACGUGCCAGAGUGCCAUCCAGGCUUCGACCGGCCUUGUUGGUGCUGCUGCGGCGAAUGCCUUCAAUGCUGCUCUUGGAUUGUAA